CCUUUAAAAAAAAGGCUUCCACCUCUCCUCUAUUGCCCACACACAAGGGACUUUCAGUAUUAUUAUUAGCAUCCAAGGAAAACAAGAUAUCUACCAGAGGUACCUCAUAAUUUCCCCUAUGUUUCUUUUGUGGCACUUGCGACUAUAUUUUAGAAUUACACCCAUCGGAGCUGCUCAUACUACAUCUACCAAAGAUGGACAACGACAUAGAGAAAAUGGAGGAAUCAACUUCCCAAAUAAGCACCCCUAGAAAGGCACUCGAAUGUAUGGCAUUAUUUACGCCUCUUACUUAUAUUCGACUGGUAGUUGAAGAGAGGUUCUCUUUAGCGGAUACCCAUCCUUUCCUUUACUACGCAGGAAGCACGACGUUUCACUCCAUACUCCUGUAUCUAUACUUUACAUAUAGGUAAUUAGGACGACACCUGUAGGCUCUACACUACUGAUGUGCCGGGAAAUAUUAAAAGACAUCUUCUCUUAUUCCUAUGGAAUAGAAUUCCUAUUACCACUCAUCCUGUACCCUUUGGCUAGGCUAAAAUUGGUUCGCUGAGACCAGCACGAGGAAGGAUGCAUCUAUGAGAUAGUUUUUUCACAGGGUCUUAACAGAAGAGGGCGAAGGCGCCGAGACACGCCGGCUGGGGCUCAAUCGAAGGAAACGAUAUCCUCCAGAAAAAGAUAUUCCUUGUUAGGGAGAAUAUGUCCAUUCGGCGAGACAAACCGACGUUGCAUGUCAGCGAACAAUAAACUAUUAUAUUACUGAUAGUGGUAGUUACGAGAGUCAAGGAAGUCAUGAGACGUUACAAUCAGGACGUAACGGUAGAA